CGCGCCCCUCGUGGUUCUCCUCCCACUUUCUCGUGGCGGCUUUAGUCGGAUGAUAAUUCUGAAAACAGCGCUGUAUCCAAGAAAUUUGAGAGGAUGGAUGGCGAAUUAUUCACAGAUUCAGAGCAUGACUGGAGCAGCUCAUCAGAAUCUGACUGGAUGAGUGAGACUGGAAAAGGGAAAGGAAAAAAAGGGAUAAAAAGAAAGAUGAAUCAACAAAAUGGUUACAAGAAGAAAAUAGCCAGAACUAAAAACUCUAGUCUUCCAGGGGUAGACCUAACGGAUAUCUUUCAAGAAAUCAGAAAAAAGGACCAGCUGGCCGUCCAUUGUGGAAAAUUUGCAGGUCGUCUGUACAGAAUAAAAUAUGACAAUGGAGAGAAAUGUAUUUCAUGUAAAGGGAAAUGGUUUACGCCCAGUAUGUUUGAGAAGUUUGGAGGAAAAGGACAUCACAAGAAGUGGAAGAGUAGCAUCUAUUACAAACCAUCAAAUGGCUUUCAACAAAUGCCAUUAGAGAAACUCAUACAGAAUGGGUGCCUUUCAGAAUUUGGACAACUGAGGGAGUCAAAUAGAGAGGGGACAUCAAAAAGAUUGUUUUCCAAGACUCUGGAAACACCCGUAUGUGGAAUUGAAGAGGAAACAAUCCAGCUGGACAGUUUUUCAGAUGAGUCUAUAACUGUUGCUGAAAGAGUCAAAAUGAACAGGAGAGAAUCUGUAAUUGUAGCUGAAACUUUCCGUGAAAAGAUCACCGAACCGGUAGAAUCUACUGCCAUUGCUAGAGAACCUGCAGUAUCAAGACAACUGAGGGAGUCAAUUAGAGAGGUGACACCGAAGGAGUCCUGGAAAAGAUUGUUUUCCAAGAGUCUGGAAAUACCUGUGUGUCGAAUUGAAGAGGAAACAUUCCAGCUGGAUAGAUUUUCAGAUGAGUCUGUAUCUGUUGCUGAAAAAGUCAAAAUGGCACAGAACGGGAGAGAAUAUGUGACUUUACCUGAAACUGUCAGUAAAAAGAUCACGGAACGGGUAAAAUCUACUGCCAAAGUUAGAGAUUCACCUGCACCUCCCACUGAUGCUACAGAACCUGCAGUAUCUCCUGUCGUAGAUGAGGCUGAUCAGACCACAGAUGAAGCAGGUGAAGCAGCAGCAGCUCAGCUGAACUUCAGUGAUUCUCCCACUGAUGCUACAGAACCUGGAGUAUCUCCCGUCGUAGAGGAGGCCGAUCUGCUGCUUCAUCAGACCACAGAUGAAGCAGCAGGUGAAGAAGCAGUAGCUCAGCUUAACUUCAGUGAUUCUCCCACUGAUGCUACAGAACCUGGAGUAUCUCCCGUCGUAGAGGAGGCCGAUCUGCUGCUUCAUCAGACCACAGAUAAAGCAGCAGAUGAAGCAGCAGCAGCUCAGCUGAACUUCAGUGAUUCUCCUGCUGAAUGGCAGAACCCUGAUGCUUCUAAAAAGACUAAGAAGACAGAACAGAUGCAGUUAAUACAAUUUCUGGAAAAUCAGUUUAAUACCAUGAACAACACCCUAAAAUCAAUUGAUUUGUAUUUAAAGAAGCUGGUGGAAAAACAGUCACAACACACACCGCCUCAAUAUAUCUAUCUAAUUCCUGCUGAUAUUGAAAAUACCCAGAUUAAUUCCUUAAUCAAGAAGGAGCCAGUCAAAGAAGGUGGGGGUAGUACUGAGGAAGCAGAACUGUGAUCUGAGAGGUUAUCAAUAA